GUGUCGCCUGACCGGAUGAUGACAGAAGUUUUCGGUCUAAUGUGGCUACUUUUAUCAGUCCCUCGAUUAAUUAACAGGCUUUUCAGUUUUUUUACUAAAUGCCAACAGGUCUUGCGUGUCUGAGUUGUUAAUGAAAUAAACGGGAGCGUGGCCGACGGCACUGCCACCUGGGAACUUUUGGUUGGCUGCAAGAAAGAGCGAGCCUUCUAUUCCAGCGAGGAGCGUGAAGGGUGAAAGCCCGCAGCGCUCUCACCGAGGCGCCGCCAUGGGGAACCGGGGGAUGGAGGACCUAAUUCCCCUCAUCAACAAACUCCAGGACGCCUUCAGCUCCAUCGGCCAGAGCUGCAACCUGGACCUGCCGCAGAUCGCCGUGGUCGGCGGCCAGAGCGCCGGGAAGAGCUCCGUGCUGGAGAACUUCGUCGGGAGGGACUUUUUGCCCAGAGGUUCAGGCAUCGUCACCCGUCGUCCUCUCAUCCUCCAGCUGGUCAACAACAAAGCAGAGUAUGCAGAGUUCCUGCACUGUAAAGGACGCAAGUUUGUGGACUUUGAUGAAGUUCGUCUGGAGAUUGAAGCAGAGACGGAUCGCAUCACUGGCUCCAACAAGGGCAUCUCUCCCGUUCCUAUCAACCUCCGUGUUUAUUCACCUAAUGUCCUUAACUUGACCUUGAUCGACCUGCCGGGGAUGACCAAAGUAGCCGUGGGCGACCAGCCCCAGGACAUCGAGCAUCAGAUCAAAGACAUGCUGCUGCAGUUCAUCACCAAGGAGAGCUGCCUGAUCCUGGCUGUCACCCCAGCCAACCAAGACCUGGCUAACUCAGACGCCCUCAAAAUAGCCAAGGAUGUGGACCCUCCGGGACUGCGAACGAUUGGUGUGAUCACAAAGUUGGACCUAAUGGAUGAAGGGACAGAUGCACGAGACAUCCUGGAAAACAAACUACUGCCCCUUCGCAGAGGUUACAUCGGAGUGGUGAACCGCAGUCAAAAAGACAUUGAAGGAAAGAAAGACAUCCGUGUUGCUUUGGCUGCUGAAAGGAAGUUCUUCUUGUCCCAUCCUGGGUACAGACACUUGGCAGAACGCAUGGGUACACCACACCUGCAGAAGACCCUCAAUCAGCAACUCACCAACCACAUCCGGGAGACGUUGCCAGGGUUACGCAGCAAGCUGCAAGGCCAGCUGCUGUCACUGGAGAAGGAAGUGGAGGAGUACAAGAACUUCCGUCCAGACGACCCUACACGCAAGACCAAGGCCUUGCUUCAGAUGGUUCAGCAGUUUGGCGUGGACUUUGAGAAGUGCAUAGAGGGAUCUGGAGACCAGGUGGACACCUCCAACCUGUCCGGUGGUGCAAAGAUCAACCGCAUCUUCCACGAGCGCUUUCCCUUUGAGCUGGUGAAGAUGGAGUUUGAUGAGAAGGAGCUGCGAAAAGAAAUAAGUUAUGCCAUCAAGAACAUCCAUGGCGUCAGGACAGGCCUGUUCACUCCAGACUUGGCAUUUGAAGCCAUAGUGAAAAAACAGAUCAUUAAGCUGAAAGAGCCCUGUCUGAAAUGCAUCGACCUGGUCAUCCAGGAGCUCAUCAACACAGUCAGACAGUGCACCAACAAGCUGGGCUCGUAUCCUCGACUGAGAGAAGAGACGGAGAGAAUUGUCACCACUUAUAUCAGAGAGAGGGACAGCAAGACAAAAGACCAGGUGCUGCUGUUGAUUGACAUUGAGCUCUCCUACAUCAACACAAACCAUGAGGACUUCAUUGGAUUUGCAAAUGCUCAGCAAAGGACUGCUGCCAAUGCCACCAAGAAGAGAGUGAUGCCCAAUCAGGUCAUCCGCAGAGGCUGGCUCACCAUCAACAUCAGCAUCAUGAAGGGGGGGUCCAAAGACUACUGGUUUGUCCUGACGGCCGAGUCUCUCUCCUGGUACAAGGAUGAGGAGGAAAAAGAGAAGAAGUACAUGCUGCCUCUGGACAACUUGAAGCUGAGAGAUGUGGAAAAGGGCUUCAUGUCCAGCAAGCACGUUUUUGCCAUCUUCAAUACCGAACAGAGGAACGUGUACAAGGACCUCCGUCAGAUUGAACUGGCCUGCGACACUCAGGAGGAUGUUGACAGCUGGAAGGCUUCCUUCCUCAGGGCGGGUGUUUAUCCAGAAAAAGACCAGCCUGAGAACGAGGAUGCGAUGAAUUCCAGUGAUACGGUGUCCAUGGAUCCCCAACUGGAACGGCAGGUGGAAACCAUUCGCAACCUUGUGGACUCGUACAUCAGCAUUGUCAACAAGUCCAUCAGAGACCUCAUGCCCAAGACCAUCAUGCACCUCAUGAUUAACAGUGCGAAGGACUUCAUCCACUCGGAGCUGCUGGCGUACCUGUACUCAGCCGGGGACCAGGGCAGUUUGAUGGAGGAGUCAGCAGAGCAGGCUCAGAGGAGAGAUGAGAUGCUGAGGAUGUAUCACGCUCUGAAGGAGGCACUCGUCAUCAUUGGAGACAUCAGCACCACCACCAUUUCCACCCCGGUGCCUCCACCAGUAGACGAUAACUGGAUUCCCAAAGACCCAAGUCCUCCCCCGGUGUCCCGUCCUGCCGCAUCAACAGCGCCCCCCCCAUCCCGCCCCCCGACAGCGAGGGGCCCCACCCAGGGCCCGGCGGCGCCUCUCAACCCCACACCAGCAUUUGGAGCCCCGCCGGUGCCGUCCCGACCCGGCCCUGCGUCUGCCUACGCAGGUGAUGCCAACUCUGCUGCGGUGCCCCUCGUUCCCUCGAGGCCGGCCCGCGUGCCUCCCUCUCUCCCGCCAGGAAUUCCCAGCAGAAGACCCCCGGCUGCACCCAACAGACCCACUAUCAUACGUCCUUCAGAGCCUUCCCUGCUUGACUAGAAACACAAACCUGUUUUUGUCAGGACAAACAGAAGCUGUUUACACCUCUAUAUUUCUUACAAGCAUAAAUACUAGUCACUAAAAUGAGUUUUCUUUUUGUUAUGUAACUACAGACUGUUGUAACUGAUAAUCUGAUGCUGUUUCAGUCCGUGCAUUUCAGAAGCCUUGUGUAUGUAAUUGUGACUUUGAGUGUAGAUACUUUGCUUUUGAAGAAGUAAAUGAGUAAGUAUUACGAAAAGGGAUCAAUUUGAAAUUUGACUUUAUGAAGUACACUGCAGUACACUGCCAAGUCUUCUGGAGCCUUUGAGAUGAAACAUGUCUUAAAAUGAUAUAUGAUUCAGAAGUUAAUCUCUUUAAGUUGUUUACUUGCUAAUGUUUUGUCAGUAACUUUACAAACUAAGCACCUCAAUGAGUAAGUUGCACUUUUUGGUCAAAAUCAGUUUCUUUGUUAAAUUUUCUCAAAUUCAAAUAGGCUAGACUAGUGGCAUCUAUGGACUUACUGAGUUCUAUUUGUCUUGUUUUUUUUAUUAUAGUAUACCACUGUUAGUUCUUUCUUUUCAUGCAUGAGCAAGAGGAGCUGGGAAGCUGAAGGGAAGUGCUGCGGUGCUGGGACUUGUGAUGUAAAUCUUAUCGUUAUACAGUACCUGACUCAUGAAUGACCUCAUCUAGACAAACUCUUACUCCCCACCACUGUCCAUCCUCAGUGGAAAAAGGGCUCCCUUCACAAAUUUGUUUGGAAUUGCAUCAGAAGUAAAAGCCAUAAUGCAAAAGAUGUAUACUGUAGAGAUGGCCUUUGUAGUGAAGAGAUGAGGUGAAUAAAAGAGUGAGGGGUAAUACAUAGAUGUGGUGGCUGGUGCUUUUUUUCCUUCUUUAUCAAGCCUCCCUUUUUCCUUUUUCUUGGCUCGAAUGCUAAAUAUGGGGUCUGUUCCACCAGUCUAAAGGUUACACAACACAACAGAAUCCAGGUCAGGACCAUGUGAUUUUAUGAGAGAGAGAGACAGAUGGAAAAAAAAACCUCUCCCAUUAAAAACAAAUGAUCAUCCUCACUCACUGUAUGUUGCACCUAUGGUUACCAUGGUAACUGUGGAAGUAGCGGCAGCAUAGUGUGUGGAUGACAGGAUUAGUUGCUUGUGGGCCGUUUAUAGUGCUCAGUGCAAAAGUACAAAUGUGUCCUGGCCAUCCAUCUUAAUGUUAUUGCUCUUCGAUUGAAAGAAUUAGUCUGGUUCUCAUGAGUCGACUUCAAUUUCCAGGGGGUAGCGCCAACAGAGGCAGAAGAAAUUGCCUCUGAAGACUCCUGGAUAGACUUGCAACCCACCAGAGUUGUUUAUUGGCAACUUUGCAGCCAACUUAGCUGUUUAGAAUAGCUAAGAUCACUUAAGCACAUUGCUGCCCUGUUACGAUUGGCUCGGUACAUUUUGUACCAGUAGAGACGGUUGUAAAUGUCAGGGCUACCAGACCUAGCCUGGCCAUGUCACCUCACAAAUGUUAUUAAUGGUGAACUAAAAGAAAUUAGAGGAAAACAAUUAAUUGGAAUGGCCAUCCACCCCCAACCCAUUUGAGGAAAGAGAAUUUAUUUUUGUGAAAAUGAAUACGUAUGGCCGUCGAGGUUAGUAGAAACGUUCACAGCACUCACGUUUCCUUCUGCAGGAUCAGAAACUAACUGGAAAUAUUCUUCUCAUGGUCCUCUGACACAGGCGGCCGCCACAAGUCCCUUCUCGUCCCAACCAGUGGUGAGGGAGCUGCUCAGCUAACGGGACGCUACUCUGCGUGAGACGACUGACAAUAAUAGCCUUUAUAUUGUUCACUUCUGUUCCUGAAGCUAUACAUGUAAAGAAGACAAAUGGUGAUGAUGAUGAUGAUAAUAAUAGGUGAACAUAAAAACUGUAGUUGCAAAACAAGGUUUACUUCGGUCUUUGGAUGGAGGAUCUUUGUACAUACAGUUAUUGUAUUAAUGUUAGCAUUUCUGCUAUUUGAUGAACACUGUAUUUUCAUCUUUAUAGUUUAUUUUGUGCCUAGAACUGCUACUGAAAUACAUUGUUGGCUCCUCAUCAGCAACGUCUGUUAGCUCUUUAGUUAAAAUUAAAUUAUUAAAGUGAUAUUCCAGAGUUAAAACAAGCCUAAGUCUGAUAUUACAGUAUUGAGUGUAAACUUUUAUUUACAAUAUGAAUUAAAACAGUUUUAUAGUGAGAACAGAAUAUGCGUUUGCAUCCAAAUGGGAAUUAAUGUUAGCACUCAGGCAGCGAGUCUACAUCAAAAUAAAUUGUUAAAUUAAGUGUCUGACAAACUCAAAAGUGUAACUCCACCUGUGUCUUAAGUGAUUAUGUGGAUGAAGUCUCGACAGAAACACCAAGGUAACUUUUCAUAACCGAGCGUCCCUGGACACACGGGUUGUUUUAGCUCUGGACUGUUGCUUUGAAAAAAGGAAGAAACUUAAACAAAGUAUGAUCUUCAGUUCAUGAAAGUGCUGCUUAAUUCCCAUCCACACUAAUGAAUAAAGCUUUUUACAUAGCGAUUUUUCUUUUUUCUUUCAAUCAAUGCAUGUAGUAUGAUAUGCUUUUGCACAAAUCAUGAGUCUCUGGCUGUUUGACAAAUUUAACUUCACGACAUGCAAACAAGUGCUGGAUUAAAUUCAUGGUCAAGUUUGUCAGCUCAAAUAAAUGACUGCAGUGUUUCAACUGUUAUUUAGACAUUUUGUGGAUAUUUGUUAAGGGGUACUCAAGCUGUAAUAAAAUAUUGUCUAAA